UUUCAAGAGGCAGUUCACGAUGGCUACCAAUUCUACUACAAGUACGGAUACCGGUGUGCCGACGACUUCUACUCCCUCGCCGUCGCCGACGAGUACGUCUAAUCCGUCGACGAGUUCAAUUGCUAACAGCAGUCCCCCUCCAGUCUCAACUACUCCUCCUAAUACCCCCAGCCCUUCUACUUCUAUAAUAAUAAAAACCACCUCAUCUCCUCCUCCCCCUACCACACAAAGCGACACUCCUUCUCCAACUCCAACUCCUACACCUACUACAUCGGCACCACCUGUAUCGACUCCUAUCAGUACUACGACUGAGCCAGGAGGUUCCACGAUCACCGUUUUCAAGACAUCCACCCAGGGGGGAGACACACCCACAAACACAGGAACAUCAACAUCAUCAUCCGCAUCUGGAGCAUCAACUGCCAGCUUACAAUCAGGAGCAAAGGCCACAUCAAGCGGUUUGGGCUCCUCGGGAACCAUCGCCGUCGCCGUCGUCGUGCCAAUCGUGGUCGUUGCCCUUCUUGUCAUCGCGGGUAUCCUCUUGUGGCGGAGACGAAAGGCAAGAAAGGACGAGGAAGAGUUGCGGCGGAAGGAAGUUGAGGAAUAUGGAUACAAUCCAAACAAUGAUCCGACGUUACCUGCAGUAGGUGUAGUCGGCGGCAGCGCUGAUGGCCCUUACGAGAUGAGGGAAGAUGGUUCGUCGGGAUACCGUGGGUGGGGAACUACAGCCUUGGCUUCGUCAGGACGAAAAGCAUCGACGACAAUCUCUGGUGGACAGUCUGCUGCCGGUGGCGCUGGGGUACCGUAUUCAGAAGGAACAUCGCCUACCCGAGGGCCAGUAUCAGAUACAAGAUCAGAUAAUCCAUUGAUGGAUGGACGGCCAUUAUCUCCCGAACUAGAAGCACUAGGUGCAAUGGGCCCAGCCGCGUCAGCCAACAGAACUGCAGAUAUCAAUCGUGGCCCUUCGAAUGCAUCAUCAUCAUACAGUGCCGCGAAUCGCUCAGACGGAUCUGGAGAAAUUCCUCCUCCUGGAGCAUACUACAACAACCAAUACGACACAGGCAAUCCGUACGGUCAAGACACACAAUACGGAAGUCCACCAGGACGAGCAGAGGUUUCAGGCCAACCCGUCAUUCGCGAUGUUCAAGCUCGGAGGAACACACGGAUAGAAAACCCUUCACACUUCCCCCAACAGAGCGCCGGCAUCUCCCAAAACUUCUAAUCAAGUCUGUCUUGUUUCCACCAUCUUGUCUCAAAAAAA